CGGCUAACUAUAUAAGUUAGCAUUUAGCAUUUUCCUAAAAUUGGAGGAGAUUUUUGAUAAGUGUUAUCCAGAGUACUAUGGUGUGACACACUAAAAUGGCUGGCCGUAUUCCUCUAGUUUUGCUGGCCUGUGGCUCCUUCAACCCCAUUACCCAUCAGCACAUGCGGCUAUUUGAGCUGGCCAGAGACCACAUGCACCAGACGGGUCUGUACCGUGUGGUGGGUGGCAUUAUAUCUCCUGUCGGUGAUGGUUAUGGUAAACAGGGUCUUGUUGCUUCAAAACACCGACUUGCUAUGGCAAGACUGGCCUUGCAGAGCUCCGACUGGGUUUCUGUAGAUGAUUGGGAAAGCCAGCAGCCAGAUUGGACUGAAACUGUGGUGACCAUGAGGUACCACUACGGCCGUGUAGCUGCUCAACACUGCUGUAAUAAGGGACCGCCCACAACCUCAGAUGUUCCUCAGUUGAAGCUGUUGUGUGGAGCUGAUUUCAUGGACUCCUUUAAAGUGCCUGGUCUGUGGACGGAUGAGCACAUCGAGGAGGUUGUGGGCCGAUUUGGACUGGUCUGCGUGAGCCGUGGCAGCCUUCAGCCUGAUCGUGCUAUACAUGAGUCUGAUUUGUUGUCCAAGCACCGGCCAAGCAUUUUCCUGGUUCGGGAGUGGGUUCACAAUGAGAUCAGCGCCACGGAGAUCCGUCGAGCUCUGAGGAGAGGUCACAGUGUUAAAUAUCUGUUGCCAGACUCGGUCAUUGAGUACAUAAGAGAGCACAAGCUUUAUACCCAAGACAGCGAGAUGAAAAACAAAGACGUUAAACUACGACCUCUCACUAAGCAAGUGAUACUAGACUGAUCUAUUGGGAGGUCAUAGACUUCAGUGGUGUUGAUUGCAGGAACUUUGAUGUGUAGGCUGAAGUAUGAGGAGCGCUAUCCUGCUGAAGAAUUUGCCCUCUCCUGUGGUUUGUCAUGUAAUGUGCUGCACAAAUGUCUUGAUACCUCAGAUUGUUGUUGUGGCCAUCCACUCUGCAGAUCUCGCGCAUGUCCCCAUUCUGAA